AUGAUGGCCACAGCUGCUGUUAUUGGGCUUAGUACGGGGAAGAGGCUGUUGAAUUCUUCCUUCUAUUAUUCUGAUAUCACAGAAAAGCUCUUCCAUCUCAAUGAUCAUCAUGGGUUUUUACAUUGCCAUUUAUCUUCAACAAAGAAUGUUGUCACUGCCAGAAAGCCUUCCAACUGCAGUUCCAGAUUUCCAUCUUCGAAUCGACCUCAACAGUCCAUUAGGGCUCUGAAAGAACAUGUACAUACUGCCUCUGCUCCUUCAUCAGCCACGCAGCAAUGGUUUCAGGAGCUCAACGACUUGGAGGAGGAAAGCUCUGAUCUUGAAUAUUCAGUGGAAGCACUUCUUUUGCUACAGAAGUCUAUGCUGGAAAAACAAUGGAAUCUUUCUUUUGAGAAAAAAGUAUUAAGGGAUUCAACAUCAAAAACAACUGACAAGAAGAUACCGGUCACUUGUUCUGGGUCCGGAGCUGCUUCAGAAUCGUGUAAAGGGUUAUGUGAAGGGUGUUCUAAGUGA